AUGGAAGAGCAGGUGGAUCAACGUCAAAACCUGUACCUCGAAAUUGAGGCGUUCAUCCAGAAGGGAUGCAAAGUCGCCGAGCGAGCCGAAGUGAUUCGCAAGAGCAGCGUGCUCUUCUCCAUUGAGCCUCCGGAAGCUGACUUCGCUGCAUGCAAGGGCAAGAUUGUCAUCUCGUGGGUGGGGCGCCUGUUAGACAAGGGCAAGGCCGUCUGCGAGAAAGCCAAGAGCGCGGGUGUGAUGCUCAUCGACGUCACCGCAGUGCCGCGGAUCACCAUCGCGCAAAAGUUGGAUGUUUUGAGUUCGCAGGCCAAGUGUGCAGGCCAUCGCGCCGUCAUCGAAGCCUCCUACGCCUUUGGUCGCUUCCACACCGCUGAGAUGACCGCGGCAGGCAAAUAUCCACCCUCCCAGACCUUCGUCUUGGGCUGCGGUGUGGCCGGUCUGGCAGCCAUCGGAACCUCAAAGGCCAUGGGUUCGGUGGUGCGCGCCUGGGAUGUGCGCGACGUGUCGGAUCAAGUGCAUUCCAUGGGAGCCAAGUGGGUCACGGUGGAUUUCAAGGAGAGCGGUGAGGGUCAGGGUGGCUACGCCAAAGAAAGUUCCGAUGCCUUCAAGAGGGUUCAGCAGGAGACCUUCAGGAAGGUCCUGGCCGAGGUGGAUAUUGCCAUCAGCACCGCGGCCAUCCCAGGUCGUCCAUCGCCGCUGCUGAUCACCAAGGAGGCCGUCAGUGGGAUGAAACCCGGCAGCGUGAUUGUGGACCUGGCAGCGCAGGGCGGAGGCAACUGCGAGUUGACCAAGCUGAACGAGAUCGUGACGACGCCCAAUGGUGUGACCAUCAUCGGCUACGCCGAUAUGCCGGCGCGCAUGGCCAGCCAGGCCAGCACCAUGUAUGCGCAAAACAUGUGCAACUUGUUGCGUCACAUCCACGGCAAGGGCAAGGCGCCAGACUUCAUGAAGAACUUGCUGGGCGCAUUGGAUGCGCCAGGUGAUGAGGGUGACAUCGUAUCACGUAGCAUCGUGUGCACGCGCGAUGGCAAGUCAGUCACCAUGCCCCCCCCACCGCAGCCAACGCCGGUGAAGCCCAAAGCCGCUGCGCCCACGGAGAAGAAGGUGGUAAAGGAAGAUCCAUUGAAGGCAGCUGCUGUAGGCGCCUUUGUGCUGACCUUUGGCGUUUGCUGCAUGUUGGCCAUGGGUGAAGGUGUGAAGACCUCCUUGUUGACUACCUUCCUGCUGGCCGGUGCCGCAGGCUACCAGGCCGUCUGGGGCGUGGCCCACGCCCUGCACACGCCGCUGAUGUCGGUGACCAAUGCCAUCUCGGGUUGCACGGCCAUUGGUGGUUUGCUGUUGAUGGAGAAGACGACUUCGCCUUUCGCCUACCUCUUGGCCUCCUUGGCGUUGUUGGUCUCGGCAGUGAACAUCUUCGGCGGCUUCGUGGUGUCGCAACGCAUGUUGGACCUCUUCAAAAAGCCUGGGGACAAGGACUACACAGCCAUGAUGCUCUUCCCUGGCUUGGUCUUCCUGUUCGUGUCGCUGACCAGACCCGAGCUCUUGAAGGCGGUGAGCACCGUGUCGGCGCUGCUGUGUGUGGCGGCCAUUGGGGGCCUGGCGACGAUGUCCACCGCCAACGCGGGGUGCAAAUUCGGUAUGGUGGGUGUCUUCGGCGCCAUGGCGGCCACCAUGGUCGACAUGGCCGAGGGCAAUUUGGUUUUCGGUACCAUCCUCUUGGCCAUUGGCGGUGUGGGAGGUGUCGUCAUGGGUCUGAAGGUCAGUCCCAUUGCCCUGCCACAGACCGUUGCCGCCUUCCAUUCUCUGGUGGGUCUGGCGGCCACCUGCACCUCCAUUGGUUCCUUCGUGAAUCAUCCGGUUCCCGGUGCCACCAUGGAGAACACCAGCUGCAUCCUGGGCGACUUCAUCGGCGGCGUCACCUUGACGGGGAGUUUGAUCGCCUUCGGGAAGCUGAACGGCAACCUGAGUGCCAUGGCCACCGGAUCUUCCGUUUUUUGGCGAUCCAGUCCCCUCUUCCAACGGCUGCCGUUGUCCACAAUCCGACAAGCCGAACGGUGCUCAAUGACCAUGUUUGACACCACACGUGCCACGGAGUUGUCGAAGGAUGUGGAAAAAGAGCAGACCGCUAUCGAUAGCGACCCAACAGUGGCUGGAUGCAGCACUGGCAACAGCGAUGACUGCGAUCCGACCUGGCGUACCAUGACUGCGCGGUGCCUGGAGGGCGCCAAAGACUGCCAUGGGAGCCAAGGUUUCUUGAUGCCGCGUUUCUUGAUCCAUGUGCUCAACAGCGUUUCGCAGGUGGUUUUCCUGACCAAUGCGCUGAGUGGCGCGCUGAUUCUGCUGGCCAUGCUGAUUGGAGCACCUCGAGGCGCCUCUGUGUUGGGUUUCUUCGGGGCGCUGUGUGCGAACGGGAUCAGCUGGUUGCUGGGACUGGACCCCGAUGCGCGACGGGAAGGGCUACUGGGGUACAACGCGGUCUUGGUGGGCGCCGGCUUCGCCGUCUUCGUGCAGAACUUCCUCCUGGCGGCCGUGGCGACGCUGGUCUUCGGGACGCUGAGCGCGCUGCUGGCGGCGGGGCUCAGUGCCUUGGACGAUGGGGUCAUUGGCCAACCAUCAUCAACCAUUCUAUGGGGCAUAUUAAUGCCUGGUUGGUGGUUUAUGGAAAAUAAAACAUGUUUGAAACCACCAUCUUUGUCCAACAAAGAUAGACAAAGAUGGUGGUUUCAAACAUGUUUUAUUUUCCAUAAUAUAUGGGAUAAUCCUUCCCAUUGA